AUGGAGACACUGUCCAGUACUGGAGUGGGAGCCUCGGAGAUGGAGUGGGAGCUUCCAGUACUCGGAGAUGGAGACACCGUUCACUAUGGGAUGAAGGGUCUCGGAGGGAUGAAGGGUCUCGGAGAUGGAGACACUGUCCAGUACUGGAGUGGGAGCCUCGGAAAUGAAGACACUGGCCAUAUUGGGAUGGAGAGUCUCGGAGAUGGAGACACUGGCCACUAUGGGAUGGAGGGUCUUAGAGAUGGAGACACUGUUCACUAUGGGACGGAGGGUCUCAGAGAAGGAGACACUAUUCAGUACUGGAGUGGGAGCCUCGGAGAUGGAGAUACUGGCCACUAUGGGAUGGAGAGUCUUGGAGAUGGAGACACUGGCCACUAUGGGAUGGAGGGUCUCGGAGAUGGAGACACUGUCCAGUAA